ACUCUCGAUCCCCGAGGCCACCGAACUCAAGUGUCAGCUUGAGGAGCUCCUGAGACUGGAUUUCAUUAAACCCAGCAACUCCCCGUGGGGUGCACCCGUCCUCUUUGCUCGCAAAGCGGAUGGAACUCUUCGUCUCUACUUCGACUACCGCGGCCUCAACCGCUACACGGUUAAGAACAUCUACCCCAUGCCUCGUUCCGAUGAGCUGUUCGACCGCCUAGCAGGCAACCGCUUCUUUACGAAGAUUGAUCUUCGUAGCGGUUACCAUCAAAUCCGCGUCGCUGCAGCCGACCAGCCGAAGACCGCGUUCCGAUCGCGAUUCGGCCACUACGAGUUCACGGUGAUGCCAUUCGGCCUCACCAACGCACCCGCUACCUUCCAGAGGGCGAUGAACGACAUCUUCAGGGACAUCUUGAAGCAGUACGUUCUCGUCUACCUCGACGAUAUCCUGGUCUAUAGCGUGUACUGGCACGGUUCACAGGGCACCAGAGAGCCCCGUAUUUGCGUUCCCUCCACUGGACAGCUACGUGUCCGAGCAGUAGCAGAGUUCCAUGACCAGGCAGCCACCGGUCACAUGGGCUUCCAUAAGACGUUGGCUCGUGUGAAGCGCCUGUAUGUCUGGCCGAAGCGCAAGGACUUUGUGAAGGACUACGUCGCAGAGUGUCCCACCUGUCAGGAGGUGAACAGUGCGAACCACCUACCUUAUGGUUUGCUCCAGCCUCUUCCUAUCCCUGAGGGUCGUUGGCAGUCCAUCUCGAUGGACUUUAUCGGUCCUCUUCGACCUCCGACCCCCCGCGGUCAUGAUGCUAUCCUGGUCGUCGUCGACCGCUUCACGAAGCGUGCACGCUUUGUUCCGUGCCGCUAUGCCAUCAGUGCACGUGAGGUCGCCGACAUCGUAUUUGACCGAGUCGUGCGUGACCACGGCUUACCUCUGAGCAUCAUAUCUGACCGUGACCCGCGCUUUACCAGCCGAUUCUGGCAACGGCUCCACGAGGUGUACGACACUCAGCUCCGCUUCUCCUCGUCUUACCAUCCUCAGACUGAUGGUCAGACCGAGAUCACGAACAGRACUCUCGGGGAUAUUCUCCGAAAGAUUGUUCGUGACGACCWGCAGUGGGAUCUCCAUCUUGCCCACGCGGAGAUAGCCUACAACCACGCCGUCUCGCCAGCCACGGGGAUGUCGCCUUACUAUUGCGACCUCGGCUAUCACCYGCGUGUUCCCGCGGACUUCCUUYGACCGUCCCAKAYGCACCCCGACACGAGUUGUCCCGCGCUGGAUGAUUGGGUUGCACACAUGACGUCGAUUAUGAAGACCGCACAUGAGCACAUAGCCGCUUCCCAGACUUGCAUGGCAGCACGUGCGAACCGAUCGCGGAUGGAUCACCCAUUCAAGGUCGGUGAUGAUGUGUUUAUCGACGUCCGCCACUUACAGCUCGAAGCGGGCACGCUUCGCAAGUUUCGGCGUCGCUUCUUUGGCCCGUGCCGCAUCCUCCAGGCCGUCGGUUCUGAUACGGCAUCUAGCCCGGUCAGCUUUCGUGUGAAGCUGCCCGACUACCUACGCCAGGCUCGUGUGCAUGAUGUCUACCACGUCUCGUUACUGCGUCCUUACCGCAGACCGUCUGAGCGUUUCGUUGGACGACCAUACGAGCGCCCUCCACCCAUCAUGGUGGACGGCCACGCGGAGUUCCUCGUUUCAGACAUCAUUGGUCGCCGAGUCACCGACGACAACCCUCCCCACGUCGAGUAUCUCGUAUGUUGGAAGGGUUACCCUGAUGAGGAGGCUACCUGGGAACCCCUCGAGCACUUAGAGCACGCUCGCAUGUUGGUGUGUGCCUAUGACCGUGAUCGUCGUGCAGGGUUCACUGCUCCUCCUCAGCCCACUGACCCUCCUCCUUCUCCUCCGGCUGAGGAGACCGCUGAAGUUGAGCCUGCUCCAUCUGAGGCAGACCUUCAGCAGCAGCCGGAUGCUUCUGAGCGUCCACAGCGCACUCGUCGUCGUCCUGCUCAAUACGACGAUUGACUCUGACUUACCAUCCCACGUCUUUGACUUCUCAGUACUCCAUCCACAUCAGUUUUGCUACUUCAGCUCGUCGACCCUGCGGCUCUUCCUCGA